CUUGAUUUGUAACAGAAUUGUUCAACUACACCAUACCAGUUGUAAUAACGAAUUCACGAUGAACAUUUCCGAGCUUGAUUUGUACGAUAUCCUUGGGAUUCUACAAGAUGCUGAUCAAGAUGCGAUUAAGAAAGCAUACAGGAGAAAGGCACUGAAAUGCCAUCCAGAUAAAAACCCAGACAAUCCUCAUGCUGCUGCAGAGUGGGAGAAGCUUGCCAAAGCUUUAGAAGUACUAAGUGAUGAGGAUGCAAGGGCUACUUAUGAUAAAGUUCUCAAAGCAAAGAAGGCAGCAGAACUCAGGAACAAAGCACUCGAGGGAAAAAGGAGAAAAAUUAAAGAAGACCUUGAAUCAAGAGAAGCCUCAUACAAGAAAGAACAAGAAACUUCAACAACUGAUAUAAUUUCCUUGGAGGAAAAGAUCAAGCGAUUGAGGGAAGAAGGAUCACAGACGUUGAAGAAAGAACAAGAGCUUCUAAGAAAUGAACUCCAUUCUGCUCCUCCUCUGCAUGAAGAUACAUCCCCUAAAUUGAAGAUAAAAUGGAAAGCACAGAAAGGAGAUGUAACAAAUGGAGGAUACGAUUAUGCUUUCUUGAAACGCAUUUUUGGAAAAUAUGGACAGGUCAAGAAUUUGAUAUUGUCAAGCAAGCGGAAUGGAAGUGCUAUAAUUGAGUUCUCAUCUGCUGCUGCUGCUGAAAUGGCUGUCUCAAAUGAAUUUGGUCUACCUAACAACCCAUUGCAGUUAACCUGGCUGUCAGGAAAGCCAGAGAAAAAGCCUGAAGAAGUGGUGCAUAUGGAAUCUGCUGUGGAAAAACAGUUUGAGGAAGAUGUCUUGCAGCUUCUUCUCCAAGCAGAAGCUAACAAACAAAAACAACCAACUAGCAAAGAACAAUCCAGCGAGAGCUGGCAUCAAAGCAGUGAACAUUCAGAGGUUAAGAAAGACCAGUACUAUGAACAUUGCCCUCCAUCACAUUUAAAUGAAAAAGAAGGGGAUGAUGGAUGAUGAAUUGUGAUGGACUUGAACAUCAAUAGUUCCAGCAACAGGAAAGACUGUUUAUACUGCAUUGAUUGCCAGAAAAGACUGUGAAGGAUUACAUCACUCUUCCCAGUGAUUCCACUUUAUUACUGCGCACCCUUACACCCAGAAAAA